AUGUCUGCUCUUCAGGACUCAAUUCCCUCCAACGGCAAUGACCUGGUCGAUGGUCUCGAUCAUAUGAGAGUCGGUGACGGCGAGCCGCGCCUAGGCCCUGACGGAGAACCCGCCCCGAAGACGGACGAAGAAUACGCUCAGGCCCAGUUGACUCUGCGAGCCAUCGUCUCCUCGAAGGAAGCCGGCGUCAUCAUCGGCAAAGGCGGGAAGAAUGUUGCCGAGUUGCGAGACGAGACUGGCGUCAAGGCUGGCGUGAGCAAGGUCGUGCAGGGUGUUCACGACCGAGUCCUCACAAUCACCGGCGGGUGUGAUGCCAUCUCCAAGGCUUAUGCUGUCGUCGCGCGCGCUCUUCUCGAAGGUGCACCUGCAAUGGGUAUGGGUGGUGUGAUUCAAGGCAACGGAACCCACCCGAUCAAGCUCCUUAUCUCCCACAACCAGAUGGGCACAAUCAUCGGUAGGCAAGGCCUCAAGAUCAAGCACAUCCAGGACGUAUCAGGCGUGCGCAUGGUCGCACAGAAGGAGAUGCUACCUCAGUCAACUGAAAGAAUUGUAGAGGUUCAGGGCACACCAGAGGGCAUUCAGAGAGCCAUCUGGGAGAUCUGCAAGUGUCUUGUCGAUGAUUGGCAGCGAGGCACUGGUACGGUGCUGUACAACCCAGUGGUCCGCACCCAACCCGGCGGGGCGAGCACACUCGGCGGAGUCAGUGCUACCAGUAGCUACCCUACUGGCAGAAGUGACUAUGCUGGUAGUUCUCGUGUCAUGCGAACAGGCAAUGGCGCCGAUUUCAGCAACGGGGCGCCUCGCUCCUACAAUCGCCGCUCUGAUUCGGAUGCAGCCACCCGUGGCCUGCCGACGCAUGACGAGAAUGGCGAGGAGCUUCAGACACAGAACAUCAGCAUCCCGGCAGACAUGGUUGGAUGCAUCAUUGGUCGGGCGGGAAGCAAGAUUAGCGAAAUCCGCAAGACGUCUGGAGCGCGCAUCUCAAUCGCUAAGGCUCCCCAUGACGAGACUGGCGAGAGAAUGUUUACCAUCAUGGGAACCGCCAAGGCAAACGAGACUGCGCUGUUCCUGCUCUAUGAGAAUCUGGAGGCUGAAAAGAUGCGUCGCAGCCAGGCACCUCCAGCUGAGUAG